AUGCCACAAAUGAAAAGAAAGUUUGAUGAAGAAGAGUAUAGACCUAGUCUUCCAAAAUCCAAAACAAGAAAGGUAAAACUACCUGUUACAGAAAAUUUAUCCGAUGAUGAUACUUCAAGCGGUUUUCAAGGUUUAAUUCCAAAGAACGCUGUCCUAAAUAUAACUAAACCACCGUAUAAAGUGUCUCAAAACGGUAUCAUUGAUUAUUCCUCAAUAAAAUUAAAGAAUCAUCAUUCUAGUCGGCCUCUCUGGAUAAAUCCUGGUAAUGGGCAUAUAAUAUUGGAAGCGUUCUCGCCUUUUGCUGAAAAGGCACAAGAUUUUUUAAUAACAAUUAGUGAACCAGUUAGUAGACCUUCACUUAUACAUGAAUACAAAAUGACGCCAUAUUCACUUUAUGCUGCUGUUUCCGUGGGUUUAGAAACAGAAGCAAUAAUUGACACUGAUAUUCCCGAAUCUGUCGUUGAAAUGAUACGUGAAUGUACAAUUUCAUAUGGUAAAGUAAAGCUUCUGCUGAAGCAAAAUCGCUACUUUGUGGAAUCAUCACAUCCCGAAGUUUUACAAAUGCUUCUACGAGAUCGUGAGAUUGCAGAGGCUAGAAUAGAUGUUGAUGGAACAGUUCAAGAUUCUUUUAUAACUAAUAAAGCGCCAACUGGUAAAGAUUUGGCAAUUCUGGGUAAGAGUGAAGUUACCGCGGACGCAGAUAAUAAAGCCAAAGAAAAUAAUACUCAGGAUGAAGAAUUAUUAUUUAACACUAAUGUGAAAAAGAGAUGUAAUGAACUUAAUUAUCCAAUGUUGGAAGAAUAUGAUUUCCGAAAUGAUGCAACUCUUGCUCCGCUUGAAAUUGAUCUGAAGCCUAUAACAGUCAUUCGUCCAUAUCAAGAAAAAUGUUUGAGUAAAAUGUUUGGAAAUGGACGUGCAAGAUCAGGUAUCAUCGUCUUACCAUGUGGUGCUGGUAAAACCCUUGUAGGUAUAACAGCCGCAUGCACUAUUAAAAAGAGCUGCCUCGUUCUCUGCACCUCGGCGGUUUCAGUAAUGCAAUGGAAACAACAAUUUAUGCAAUGGUCAAAUAUUAAAGAAAGUCAAAUUUCUGUUUUUACUUCAGAUCAAAAAGAGAAAUUUGUAGGGCAAUCUGGUAUCGUGAUUUCUACAUACAGUAUGGUAGCUAAUACGCGAUCAAGGUCUUAUGAAGCGUCAAAAAUGAUGGAUUUUAUAACUGGACGCGAGUGGGGCUUUAUAUUGUUAGAUGAGGUCCAUGUUGUGCCUGCUAACAUGUUUCGUAGAGUUGUAACCACAAUUGCAGCUCAUACAAAGCUUGGUCUAACCGCAACUUUAGUACGUGAAGAUGAUAAAAUUCAGGAUUUGAACUUUCUGAUUGGUCCCAAAUUAUAUGAAGCCAACUGGAUGGAUUUAGCAUCUAAAGGACACAUAGCUAAUGUUCAAUGUGCUGAAGUUUGGUGUGAUAUGACACCAGAAUUCUACGCCGAAUACCUUAAAGCAACUUCAAGAAAACGCAUGUUAUUAUAUGCAAUGAAUCCAAAUAAACUCCAAGCUUGUCAAUUCUUAAUUCAGUAUCACGAAGAAAGAGGUGAUAAGGUUAUUGUGUUUUCAGAUAAUGUGUAUGCUUUAGAGAAAUAUGCUAGAUUAUUUGGUAAACCAUUCAUUCAUGGGAAAACGAAACCUCCAGAGCGAAUGUAUAUUCUUUCAAAAUUUCAACAUGAUUCCGCAACCAAUACAAUUUUUUUAUCAAAGGUUGGUGAUACUUCUAUUGACUUGCCCGAGGCAACGUGUUUAAUUCAGAUUUCAUCGCACUAUGGAUCUAGGCGUCAAGAAGCACAACGAUUAG